AUGGCGCACAAUCCAGAUUCUGAUCAACAUAAACGAAAAAGAGACAUAUCCGAUGACAAUGGAAGUCAAGCGCCUCAUGCUGACCGCAUACCACAACCGCCUCCACCUCAGUCAGCCCCUAUCAAUUAUCUGUCCAAGGCCCAUCCGGUCAAACUUAAGCUCAUACAGGGCGACAGCGAUACCUUCUCCGAUGUUCUCACCCUAGUCAACGAGUAUGAGGGAGUGUUGAAUAGACAUGAGAGCCUUGCUUCUAAUUUAGGAGCAAAGUUGACGGGUAGCCGCCUGCUGAAGGCGAUGGAGGGUGCCUUUGAAGGUUCAAUAACGACAACUCCGCCACAAACGAUAUUUAGCCCUGACCCGGUCACGUGGCUUGACAUUGUCGAGUUUGCUAAGGCAAAACCCGGGGAGUUUGUAUUGACACCUACUCCUAAUGGUGGGCGUUGCUGCCAGUUUCCCCUGAAAGGCGUCCAGGUCGAAAUCGGAGAAGAUGACUGGAGGUUAAUAGUAUCUGGCGCUUUGGACAGGUUUAGGCUUGUCCCACCACAACCGCUAGAAGAAGACGAGACGGCGGAAUUAGCAACUCUCGAAAUUGUCGAGCAGCGCCUACAGGUUUUAAUCAAGAAGGCGGACGAAGUGGCGCGUAGGGCCCGCCAACUCAACUACCACUUGAGCGGACGAAAAGCGUCUAUACAUGCGCGUCGCGCGUCGCAAUCAGCCUCCGGUCCCAACUUCCAAGCUGUAAAUCAGUCGCUGGGCUCCGGUGCCAACCCCGGUUACGACUUACAUGCCGAUCUUCUUCAGCAGUUCCUUGCCCCCUCCCAACCUUCUAGUCACCGGAUCUCUUCCGUUGGUUCUAUACCACCAACCCCAAAUCCAAUGGGCACCGCAACAUCGACACCGAGAACCUCUAUUCAGCAGCAAACUAUUCUAGGCAGCAACCGGCCUUCACCUAGCUAUCCCACCGAGCCAGCUAUGAGGGAUAUCGAGGAAGAGAAUCGCGCCUUGGUAACGGCUAAGAUCGAGAGACUAGCACGUGGAGACGCUAUACAUCCACCAUGUGACAGAUGCAGAAGGCUCAAGACAGUGUGCAUUAAACAUCUAACUGCCUGCCAGGGAUGCACCAAGAAACACGCAAGAUGUGUAUGGAAGGGCCUUACAGAAGAGGAGGUGGCUUGGCUUAAAGGAGAAGCUGGUGGAGAUGGAGAUGACGACGGAGAUGAGCCAAGGGAUUCCGGUAGAGCUGUAUUCGGAUCCCAAUCGCAUCUCGAAUUCGGCGAACGUCGUAGGGAAUCGGAACGCAGCGACGAACCUAGCACGAGCAGGUCUGGUUCGAGGAUAGCCAUCGGUAGACCUGCCGACGAUGUCUGGAGAAAGGGACCAGAGACACCAAUAAGUAGGCAUGAAACUAUGGAAGUGGAUAUAAGAGAUGUGCGUCAGGGACAAGAAUAUCCAAGGAAAGAAUUAGCUAGUGGGAUGUUUAGGGAGCAAAAGUCAAUGCUUAGCCACAUGGCUUCCGUCGCGUCCGCGGCGGCAGAUGCUGCUGCGAUUUCGCGCGGGGGUCAUCAGAAUUCAGAAUAA